CCUGAAUCCGUGUGCCUGGAGGUGUGCCUGCCUGCCUGCCUGCCUGCCUGCCGCUUCGCCCUGCUCCAGCUUCACUCAUGCUGCCGGAGCACGGCAUGCCCACAUGUCUGUCCGUCUGUGCCCAUGCCCGUGAGAAGAGAGGAGAGGAGGGUGGCGAGAUGCUCACGUCUCUAGGAGGUGCCGGCGGUCAAUGCCAAGUGUGAAAGCCAACUCUGCCGUCUCUGAGCUGCCGCAAGCGGACAGGCUGCCUCACAGAAUGCCAUCCUUCGAUGAGGUUCUGAAGGAAGCCGGGGAAUUCGGGAGAUUUCAAAAGAGGGUCUUUUUCCUCCUGUGCCAGACAGGAAUCACUUUUUCGUCCCUGUUCGCCAGUGUGGUUUUCCUUGGGCAGGCACCUGGUAACUACUGGUGCAGGAUCCCAGCGGCAGCUGAAUUAAGUGAACGAUGCGGGUGGACGCUGGAAGAGGAGCGAAACUUCACGGUACUACCCCUGAGCCUUGGGAACAGGUCCUCCAGUGGGGAGUGCGAGAGGCUGGACAUCUCCUGGGACACCUCUGCCAGCUGCAGGAGUCCUCCCACCUGCUACGGCAACUGCAGCACAGGCAACCUGCAGCUCACCGCAUGUCAUGAGAACUGGGUGUAUGAAAAGCCCCACUCAUCCAUCGUCAGUGAGUAUGACCUCGUGUGUGGCCAUGCCUGGAUGCUGGAUCUCUCACAGGCUAUCCUCAAUCUAGGGUUUCUGGUUGGUGCAUUCAUCCUGGGCUAUGCUGCAGACAGGUAUGGCAGAAUCCUGAUCUACCUGCUCUCCUGUCUUGGGGUUGGGAUAUGUGGUGUCAUAGUGGCAUUUGCACCAAACUUUACUGUGUUUUUGAUCUUCCGCUUUCUCCAAGGCAUGUUUGGCAAGGGAACCUGGAUGACAUGCUAUGUGAUUGUGACUGAGAUUGUUGGCUCUGAUCAGCGGAUCGUUGGGAUCGCCAUUCAGAUAUUCUUCACCCUGGGAAUUAUGAUCCUCCCAGGAGUUGCGUACUUGGUUCCCACCUGGCAGGGCAUCCAGCUGGCCAUUUCACUGCCCAACUUCCUCUUUCUGCUCUACUACUGGGUGGUUCCUGAGUCUCCACGUUGGCUCUUGACACGCAGAAAGGGAGAGAAGGCAUUAAAAAUCAUGCACAGUAUUGCAAAACACAAUGGGAAGUAUCUCUCACCACAUCACCUGCAGAUCACUGUUAGUAACAAGGAGGUCAGCAACCCCUCCUUUCUGGACCUGGUGAGGACUCCCCAGAUGAGGAAGAACUCAUUCAUCCUGAUGUAUGCCUGGUUUGCAAGUGCCCUGAUCUACCAAGGGCUGGUCAUGCGCCUAGGAAUUGUUGGAGGAAACCUCUACCUGGACUUCUUCAUCUCAGGAGCUGUGGAGCUGCCUGCUGCUCUCUUAAUUUUAGUGACAAUUGAUCGCGUUGGCCGACGCCUUCCCUUUGCAAUAAGCAACGUCGUGGCGGGAAUUGCAUGCCUCAUUACUGCCUUCUUGCCAGAAGAUGUGCCAUGGCUCAAAAUGACAGUUGCCACAGUGGGUAGACUGGGCAUCACGAUGGCGUUUGAAAUCGUCUAUCUUGUGAACACUGAAUUGUAUCCCACGACACUGAGAAACUUUGGUGUUUCCCUGUGCUCAAGUUUGUGUGACCUAGGUGGGGUCAUAGCCCCAUUCCUGCUUUUCCGACUAGCGGCUGUUUGGCUGGAGCUACCUCUCAUCAUUUUCAGUAUUCUUGCAGUAGUCUGUGGUCUCCUAGUAUUGCUUUUGCCAGAGACAAAGGGAAUCUCCUUACCAGAGACAGUGGAGGAUGUGGAGCUGUUCUCAAGUGGUUUUGGUGUAUGUGGCAAGAAGCAGAAGCGCCAGGACACCGACUCUUAUAUCUGACCUCUGAAGGACAGCAUUGAGCAUAGAGCCCUGUUCCUACACUGGGAACGACUUCUCCACCUGCCACCACUUCAAACUUUGCUGCAGAGUGUGCAUUAAGCUCCAUGUUCUCUUUCUCAGCAUAAGGAUGUUUAAAACAAGCAAUGUAUUUUUCUAUGAAGGUGGAAUAAAUGUGGUGUUUUUCUGA